AAUGACUAAUUGACCAAUCAUCUAACGAGGUUGUUUACGUCUUGUUUUCCGCUAUGUACAUUGAAAUGGAGGUAAAAAAUAAGUAUUAAUUUAUCAAAUACACAUUGGAAUUCUUUUUUUGUGAUGUAAAAAUCGGUCAAGGUGAUACUGGAAUACAUGUGAGAUUAAUUCGGAUGCUCGGUUUUACUGUGGACUGUGAAAAUGAUGGACAUUUCCGGGCUUGUUUUGCAUGGUUUUUCAACAAACAAUACAGAAGUUCAAGGCCUAUUUCAUGGAUAGUUGUACUGAACAAAUUAUGAAACAUUCAAAACGAGAAUUUCAUCAAAAUGUAAAACCAAAUCAUCAAUAUUGUAUUGGAUUCAUGUCUUUAUCUUCAUCGCAACAUGCACAUUUACAUUUCUAUUUCUCACGGCCCAGGUUGCUGCCGUCAUCACCAUGUGUGAAAUCAUUCAUCCAGAUUCAUUGAUAAAAUGACGAUCAACAAAAACAACAGUGUGUACUUACUAAAUAUUUGCAUUACCAAAUUCUGUGAUAUUGUAUAAACGUUUAUUUUUAACAUUUGAUAGACUAAGAUGAGAUUUUCAAUGGCUUCAUCAUGUAUUAUUAUUUUCGUUUGUUGUGUAUUGAUGUCAUUUGUGACAGGCAAGCGUUUGAGUGAAGGUUUCAACUCUCCACCAGCAACUGAACGGGAAGGAACUAUUUGUAAGAAUAUUGACAUACGGAACAAAGUAGAGAACUUUGACAAAUUAGAAAAUUGUACAGUGAUUGAGGGAUCAUUAAGUAUUCUGUUGAUAGAAGGUGCAAACGAAGAGCAAUAUCGCCAACUGUCAUUUCCAAAUCUAGUCGAAAUUACUGAUUAUCUUCUGCUUUACCGAGUUUAUGGAUUAAAAACUUUAAGCAAUAUCUUUCCAAAUCUUUCUGUUAUUAGAGGCCAGCGCCUUUUUUUCAAUUUCGCCUUUGUUGCAUUUGAAAUGAUGGAUUUGGAGGAAUUAGGAUUAAUUGGAUUAACUGUGAUUGAAAGAGGAGCUGUGCGUCUUGAAAAGAACCCCAUGUUAUGUUACAUUGAUACCAUUGAUUGGACGAGAAUUGCCAAAGGAGUCGAUCGUAAAGACCAUUUCAUCAAGGACAACAAAAAGACAGCUGAAUGUGUUGACAUGUGCCCAGCUUACUGUGCUGCAACUCCAAAAAGUGAAUUUGAAAACCACAGAGAAAUUAAACGAUGCUGGACAUAUAAUCAUUGUCAAAAAAAUCUUGACUGUCUCUGUGGGAAAGAUAGAUUCUGUAUCCACAACAGAACAGGAUGUUGCAGUGAGAACUGUUUAGGAGGAUGUUCUGGUGAAUCGAGUAUGGACUGUGAUGCUUGUAAGAAUGUCAUCUUCACAGAUCAAAGGGAAUCUAGAUGUCGCAAUAGUUGCCCUGGUGGAACUUAUAUGUACAAGAACAGAAGAUGUUUAUUGGAAAAGGAAUGUUUGGAUUUGAAAUUAAAAUUGUUAAACGACCCAGCACUUGGAAAUGAUUAUCCCGGGAGGUGUGUGGCUGAAUGUCCAGCAGGAUUUACCAGAGAUAGCAUGGACAAUACACUAAAUAGAUGUAUAAAAUGUAAAGAUACCUGUCCAAAAGAAUGUUCUGGUAAGAAAGUAGAUAGUGUACAGGCAGCACAAGAUCUCAGUGGUUGUACUAAGAUAUACGGGGCAUUAGAAAUCAGGAUCAUGAAAGGAAGCAAUAUACAACAAGAACUUGAGACAAAUUUAGGACAAAUUACAGAAAUCAAUGAAUAUUUAUGGAUUCAUAAUUCUCAUGCAUUAUUGUCACUAAACUUCUUUAAAAAAUUACGGGUAAUUGGUGGAGAAAGUUUAGUUAAUGGGUAUGCCUUAUUAGUGAAUGAUAAUGAAAAACUACAGACAUUGUUUCCUAAAGAUGUCGAGAACAAUUUAACAAUCAAAAGUGGGAAUUUGACCUUUCACUACAACAGAAAGCUAUGUGUUCGUCUGAUUAAUACCUUUGAGAAAAAUAUAAAGAUGUCAAAAACUGCCCCCAUUCUGAAUGAUAUCAGCAAUUCAACCAAUGGAGAUCAAGCACCAUGUCAUGUAUCAACGUUAAAUUUAACUGUGUUCCAAGUAACUGGACAUGUAGCUUUCCUGAAAUGGGAUAGAUACAAAAUGGGAGAUACAAGGGCCCUGAUUAGUUAUGUUAUCAAGUAUAAAGAAGCUCCAUUCCAAAAUGUCUCAAUUUUCGAAGGCAGAGAUGCAUGCAGUGAUGAUAUUUGGAAGACACGUGAUAUCUUAAACAAGAACACAAUGAAGAAUAGUAAGACUAUCCCAGCCUUAUUGGUACAGUUGAGACCGUGGACCCAGUAUGCAGUGUUUGUCCAGACAUACAUGACAUCUAGUACCCAGUAUGGAGCCAUGAGUAAACUUAUCUACUUCAGAACAGCUGCCAGUAUGCCAACUGUCCCUGCUAAUUUAAAAGCCAGAGCUGUUCAACCUGGAGAGUUGCAUGUUACAUGGGAUCCACCUAACCAACCCAAUGGAAAUGUUACUCAUUAUGAAGUUUACUGGAGACGUAGAGAGUUGGAUCCAAGAUCAUAUGCUCCAAGAGAUUACUGUCAUAAUCCACUGGCGACUUACAGUAGAGAGGAAGAAGAUAGAGAGAAGGAAGAAGAAGAAAAGGAAAACAAUGCAGAGUUACCUAAACAAGGAACUUGUGCCUGUGAGAUCAGUAAAGAAGAGUUAGAGGAGGAGGUCAGGGAGCGUAACUUGCAAAUUCAGUUUGAAAAUUUCUUACAUAACAGCGUUUAUCUGAAAAGAUGUUCACCCACCAGUAUAAGGGAUCAAUAUCGCAAGGAUAAGUCUAAGAGACGUCCAAGACAGGCAAUACCUGAUAGGGUAACUCGACAGAAAUCCUCGAGAGGCAAUAAAACAAAACAAACAAAGAAAAUAAAGAGGAAUAAACGUAAUGUAUAUAAGGAGAUUGUGGAUCCAAGAGAAUUUGAAAAGUACAAAAGAAAGCGAGAGGUACCUCCUGACACAAUAUCCUAUAAUACUACGGAAACCAUUGGACCAGUGAAUGUAACAGAAGAUGAGAAGGAGGACAUUCAUCCCCAGGGGACCACAGAACACACAGUGUUGAGGGCUGUCGUAUAUUCCAGAGAGUUUAUCAUAUCUAAUCUGGGACAUUUUGAAGAUUAUAACAUAGAGGUAAUUGCUUGUCAGGAACGUGACCACAGAGACCCAGAUAAAGUCAAGUACUGCAGUAGCAGGGCACUUACUGUUGGUCGAACUAAAAAAUCUAAAACUGCUGACAACCUAAAAUCUGACAACAUUGUGGCAGAAGCCCAACAAAAUAAAACACAAACUGUGCUCAUUAAAUGGAAAGAUCCUCUGAGUCCUAACGGUCCAAUUAUUAAAUAUGUGGUGGAGUACAGUAAAGGGGGACUAGGAGAGAAUCCAAUCUCCCUCUGUCGUACAUAUCAGGAGUACAGGAAACACAACGGUACAAUAAUUCCUACAUUACCUCCAGGGAAUUACUCCUACAGAGUACAAGCUUACUCACUGGCUGGUAAUGGAUCAUGGUCAGAGGUUAGAUGGUUUUACAUCUCAGAUAAACAAGAAACGUCCUGGUCAAGCUCCACCAUUAUAGCAGUGUCUGUAACUUCAGUACUGCUGAUCAUAUUAUUGGGUGUAAUAGUGGUCUGGUUAAUAGCUAGGAGCAGGACAGAUAAAAUACCAGUAGAAUGGCAUGUAUCUACUGUCAAUCCAGAUUAUAUGCAGGAUUAUGAUGCUUAUAUACCAGAUGAAUGGGAAGUAGAAAGAGAAAAAGUGUGUUUGUUACGAGAAUUAGGGCAAGGGUCAUUUGGUAUGGUAUGGGAAGGUAGAACCAAGGAUCUGGUAGAAAAUGGAAAGGAAACAUUAGUAGCUGUUAAGACUGUCAAUGAAAAGGCAGAUUAUCAUCAAAGAGGAGCAUUCUUAAAAGAAGCAUCAAUAAUGAAGGGAUUUAAAUGUCAUCAUGUUGUGCGGUUGCUAGGAAUUGUCUCCCAGAGUCAGCCUGCACUGGUCAUAAUGGAACUCAUGACUAAUGGAGAUCUGAAAAAUUAUUUACGAAUGAGGAGACCUGAUAAUGAGGAAGGAUUAGUGCCACCAGCAUUACAACAGAUAUGGCAGAUGGCGGGGGAAAUAGCAGACGGCAUGGCAUAUCUCUCAGAUAAAAAGUUUGUCCAUCGAGAUUUGGCGGCUAGAAAUUGUAUGGUAGCUGUAGAUCUGACUGUAAAAAUAGGAGAUUUUGGUAUGACUCGAGAUGUGUAUGAGACAGAUUAUUAUAGAAAGGGUGGUAAAGGAUUACUGCCUGUAAGAUGGAUGGCACCUGAAUCAUUAAAAGAUGGUGUAUUUACAAGCUAUUCUGAUGUAUGGUCCUAUGGUGUAGUACUCUGGGAAAUGGUAACAUUAGCAGAACUGCCGUAUAUUGGGUUAUCCCAUGAACAAGUUAUAAAAUAUGUAGGCAGUGGGAGGACAAUGGAAAAGCCAGAAGGCUGUCCUGACAGAUUACAUCAGUUAAUGCUUCAAUGUUGGAGAUUUAAAGACAAACAAAGACCUACAUUUCAAGGAAUAAUAGAAAUUUUAGUGCCUGUAUUGGACCGUUCAUUUAGGGAAAAGUCGUAUUUCUUUAGUGUAGAAAAUCAUACUGAAGACAAUCACGAUGUUGAUUACCCAGACGAAGAUUAUCCUGAUGAUCUAUGGGAUGAUUCAAAUAAACCAUUUAUCGCCGGUGCCGAGGGCGACUCGUCUCAUCAUAGUCAAAGUCAUCAUAGCAGUCAUGGUUUUGAGGAUCAAGAUGAAGAACUUAAAUUCUCGGACUAUAAUUAUCAUGGUCAAUACGGGACAGAACCGUGUGACUGUAUCAUGUUAGAGGAAACAGACCAUCGGAACCGUAAUCAUGUGGACAGCAGUUAUCGUAAUAGUUCGUGCUCAAAUCCCAAUAGUGCAAUAGAUACAAGUGAUGGGAGUAAAGACAGUAGUACGAGUAAAAGUUCCAACAGUAGUUAUCCUAUCAAUGGAAUCAAUUUAAAUAUAGUUAAUGGCCAUGUGCCGGUUCACAUGCGAACAACACCAUGCUAGCUAUUAUUUUGUUGUCAUUUGCCAAUUAAUGUCAAGGCCAUAUUGGACAUCAGACUUAUCAAAAUGGAUGCCAUUGGUCAAUCUGUUCAUGUGAUCUCUACACUUUGUUCAAGUGCUUCUUUUUUUGUAUGUUCUAUUCUUAUCUAGCUACGGGAUAUAUUUUUUAUGUGGGAUGCUGUUUUAGUUGCUCACUCAACAGGAAAAAAAGGCUUUUUAAAAAGAAUUUGUGAUUUUAUCUGUACUUGAUAAUUCUUUUGAGCUUUUAGAGGACAGCUUUUAACAAAACAACUCUGUUAAAUACCGUUGGAUUUCAUGAUUUUCUUGUCAUCUUGUCAUUCAUACUUAUUUAUGAAUGGAAUAGCAUUCUAAACAUUGUGAUAAAUGUUCAUUGUAACACUUCAUCAAAUCUGUUAUGUAUAUAGAUAUAUUUAUAUAUAUACAUUGUAUAUUUUGGUUCAUUUCUCUCCCUUUCUCCUGAUAAGUGCAAGAUUUCAUUAUUCAUUAUUUCUUAAAAGCAUAUAAGUAUUUUCACGAUUGAUGAUUUUAAUGUUUUUAAAAAAGAUCUUUUAAUCAUGAUAACAUUGCAAGAUUUUUUUUAAUAGAAAAAGGAAUCGUUUUAAUCAAAAGUUGUCAACCAUCCUGAGUUUUGCACUGAAUUUUAUAUCUUCUUUUUUAAAGUUUUUUCUUGUUCCAUCAAAAUUAAUGCAAAAAGAUGUGUGUCUCUAGGGUCAAACUUCAAAAAAUAAAAAUGUUUUGAUUGUUUUUUGUUGUUGUUCAAUUCCAUUUGUGAGUCCUUAUUUUGGCAAAAAUAUUUCAGUGUUAUAAUAUAAUAUCUAGAUAAAAAAUGAUAAUUUCUUGAAAUUUUUGACUGUAGUAAAUUAUAAAAUCCUCUUUAUAUGACUUGUUUUUUUAUGAUUGAUUUUAAGAACAAAGGAUAGUUGACAUUUAACAUAUAUUUUAUUCUGUCAAAGUUCAAAGUACUCCUAACAGAAAUAUGACAGUUCAUCAGAAUAUUUUAUAACAUGACAGUCUUGCAUUUUAUCAUCAUCAUAUGUAUAGAUAUAUUCCUUCUCAUUUUACUGCUGUGCUUUGAAUGUGACGAAAGGCCAAAAAAACAUGAAUAUUCAUAAUUUAUUUGUUGUGUUUCUGUUGGUGAAUGUAGAGAAUGACUUGUUGAUUUGUUAAUAUCUGAAUUUACCGGUGGAUUUUUAUAUGAAUACUAUUGAUGAUGUUAAGAUUUGUGAAUGAUGUUUAAAUGUUGGGUACUUUAAUCAAACUUAAUGUGAGAUCAUGUAACAGACAGAAUGAGAAACUGAUUAUGAUUUUAAAAAUAUAUAUUUGACCAAACUGUGAUAAAGAAUACUGGACAUUUAACAGUCGAGGCAUUCAUUUUAUAUUUUGUUUGUUUGAUUUAUGUUUUUAAAUUUUUUUUAUAAACAAUAAUUAUGAAAUUUCAAGUACAUGUAGUAGGAUUGACAUACUUUUAACUUGAAUAUUCAAAUCUUUGAAAUUGAGAUAAAAAUUAUACUGUUACUGUCAUGACUGUGAUUGGGGAAGAUGAAUUGAAUAGAAAACUUUUUUUAAUCUUUUUUAUGAUAUAAGGACAUUAAAUAUAGGUUGUGUAGGAGUAGAAAGGUAAACAUAUCCGUUACUAUCUGUAUCUCUCAGGAAUUCCUGACUAUUUAUAGACUUUAAUCUAAUUGGCCAGUAUAUAUAUAGAAAUGAUCUGAUAAUUUCUACUCCUAUUUUAUUUUUGGUUGUGAAUUCUUAUAUCUUAAUGAGAAAAUAAUGAUUUUUAUGACUGGUAAUUUUUCUUCUUAAAAGAUAAUUCAAAAUAGUGGGUAUUUGUAUCUUCAAUAGUACCCUAAGAUUUAUAUCUUUGUGAAAGUUCAUAAAUGUAUAAAACUGAUUGUGCUAGACCCUCAAGGGUAGUUGAUAAAUAAUACUUUUGGUUUUAUAGAAAUCAAUUUCUCUCUGAAAUAGACAUUUGUACAAAAAAGGAUGACAGGAUUUCCAUAAAUAUUUGACUACACCAUUGACCAAUCGUUCAGUAAGAUCAAAGGAAAAUUUCGUAAAAUAGCAAUAAUUACUAUUAUUAUACAUUUUGUAUAACGUUUAAAAUGAUGUCUGAUUCAUUGUGUACAUUGAUCCUUAUAAGAUGGGCCAAAACAAUCUUAAAUAAUCUUUUUCUUCUAUAACUCUAAAACAAAAUAAUAUAGGGUUAUUGGGGAAUAUUGUCCUGAGUAGAAUUUUAUAUUGCACAAGCUUGCGAGUGCAAUAUAUGUUCUACGAGGGACAAUAUUCAUGCAAUAACCCUUUUAUUGUAUAGAAAUAUAAUAUUUGAAAGUAAAAAUUGGUUUAAACUAAGAUUUUAUCGUUGAUGACGUCAUGAAUUUGAAGUGUAAUAAUGGAAUGUAUUGCACAAUAACUUUUGGUUACUUUCUGUGAGAAAAAUUAUAUUGCUAUGCAAUAAUAUGAAAUCUUGGGUGAACAACACAUUAAAAGGAAUCAAUUUUUGUUAACUAAAUAUAAAUAUAGGUAUAACUUUAUACAAAUUAUUAGAUGUAUUUAAUUAAGAUAUAAAGUGGAAAUGUUAAAAAAUUACAAAAUUUGGGAAUCAAACAAUUUCAUCUUAAUUUUGUUUUUAAAUUUAAGGUUUACAUCUUAUAAAUAACUUUUUUUUUUAAGAUUUCUUUCUUUUAACUAAUAACAUGUCAGGUCUUCCUCAAAAAUAAGUAGCAGUUGUGCAGAAGUGCAUAAACCAAUAUUUACAUGUUAUGUUGUUCUCACAGUUAAGGUAUACCAAACCUGUUGACAUUGUUUUAGAUACAGGAUUAUAAUAAUUAUUAGUUUUAAAUCAAGUAAUGAGGCAUUAAAAGCUUGAAUCAAACAAACCAAGUUGAUGGUUAAAACAGGUACAGUUUUGCUUAGAAGAGUAAAUUUCUCAAGGAAUUGGAUGAAUCAGGAACAAGAUAUAUUUUAAUGAUGAGUGUUAUUUGUUAUGUUUGAAUUUUUACUUGUUUAUUUAUUGUUAUAUUUUUUUUAUUCAGAUGCUGCAGAAUAACUGAUUUUGUUUGAAACACUUCUUCAUUAUAGAACAGUUUGAUAUGAUUAUACUUUUUGUGCAAGCAUGGGUUGACUCAAAUUAGUGUUACUUGUGUUUUACUGGUCCUUUACCAAUUACGUCUCUUGGCUAUUUAUGCAAGGAAGUGUUGCAUAUCUUUAGAAUACUGGUUUUAUAUUCAAACAUGUAAUUUUAUUUUUAUUUUUGAAAACUUGUGUUUGUUAGACUUAUUUAGACAAUGUCUUUUUGAACACAGUAUUGGAAGAUUUGUAUUUGGAGACAUAACAUGAUCAUAUUAUAAUAUCUUUGAUUUAAGAAAAGUGACUGUUUUCAUACAAAGUAAUAUCAAAGUUUGCUGUUAAUUUAACACAAAAUCCUUUGAAAAAGGAUGAAAAAAGGUUUAGAUUGAGACAUUAAAACUACAGUGUAAAUUUUUGAAUUAGAUUGUAAUAAAAAAGUGUUUCUAAGAAAAUCAGUAUAUUAUAUUUUGUGGAAAUGAAUGAAAGUAUUGUGUCAAGUGCCAGAUGAAAAAAAUGUGUAUUGGAUGAGGUGAGAAGUUUGUAUGAGUAUUUGCAUGUUGUUAAGAUGGGGUGAAUGAUUAUAUUUGUCACUGUGUGAUGCAUGUUGAUGAGAUAGUGUGAAUGAAUAUAUUUGUCACUGUGUGAUGAAUGUUUAAAUGUCUACAUCUUCAUCAUCAGUUUUGUAGCUCUGCCUUUCAAACCAAAGCAAAAAAAUAAAUGUAAAUAUAGACUAUAGGAAA